CUGACUUUCGGUUUCAGUUUGUCAGUGGAGAGUUAGCUCAGUCGGCGUUUGAACGAGUCGCCGGUUUUGAGUUGUUGAAUUGAUAAUUUUGGGAAGUUUGGCAGAGAUAUCGGUGUUAGUUUAGGUUGUCGGACGAAUACUAAACAGCAUCAAACGUUGUGCGUCGAAAGGACAUAGAGUGUUCAUUAUGCAAAAAAUGAGCUACUUCUCCCCGCUGCUCUUCAUGUGCCUGGAUGUGUGUGUGGUCCACGCCAUCCGUUUGGCCCACUUCUCACCUCUCCUCUUCUCCCAUCCGUUCAUCACCCUUUGGGGAGGAGGGAUAACGAGGGCUGGCCUCCUCGCCCUCCUCACCCUCACCUACCCUGGAAGCCUGCCGUGGAUGAGGAGCUUCAAGGGGCUGCAGAGUUUGGGGGUCCUUUGCUUCCACUUCCCAGUGUACACCACUCUUCUCUGGGCACUGGGGCAGCCCACCGUGGAGGAGCUGUGGGGGUGGCACUCCUGGGAAAGGGUGUUACAGGGUUACGCUGUGACUGUCGUGUCGUGGCUGUACUGGAGUCGAUAUGUGUCAUCUCUUCUGAUGUCCCUGGGUCGAUACAUCUCAUCUCUGCUGACAAGGACGCCCUCUGAGGAGACCAAAGACGACACCCGUGCCGCUCUGAAUAGGCUGAUGGGAUACAUGCUGCCCUAUUCCUGGCGCUUUGUUUCUGUGUUGUGUCUCGUGGUUCUCUCUUCUUGUGGUGAGAUGGCGAUUCCUCAGUACACUGGUCGAGUGGCUGACUGGAUUAUAAAUGAAGAAGCACCUGAUGCAUUCACGGAUGCCAUCAGAAUCAUGACACUGAUGACUUUUGCCAGCGCCGUGCUCGAGUUUGUGUGUGACCUCAUGUACAACGUCACCAUGAGCCGCAUUCACACGGCAGUGCAGGGAUCCGUCUUCCAGGCUGUGCUGAAACAGGAGAUUGCUUUCUUUAAGGCCACAGGUGAACUGGUGUCCCGCGUUACCACGGAUACCAAUGAAAUGAGCGAGGCACUGAGUGAGAAACUGAGUCUCUUGAUGUGGUACACGGCACGUUUUGGCUUCCUCAUGGUCUUCAUGGUGAGCCAGUCGUGGAAAAUGUCCCUGCUCACCUGCAUGGGACUGCCCAUCAUCUGGGUCAUACCCGAGCUCACUGGACACUUCCACCAGUCUAUAGCUGUAAUGGUCCAGGAUUCACUUGCUAAGGCCAACCAGGUGGCCACAGAGACUUUCUCCUGCAUGAAGACAGUGAGGAGUUUUGCCAAUGAGGACGGUGAGACAGAGAGGUACAGACAGAAGCUGGAGGACACUUACGCCCUUAAUAAAAAGGAAGCAGCAGCCUACGCCGCCACGACCUGGGCUAACAGCAUGACCACUUUGGCCCUGAAGGUGUGUAUUCUGUACUACGGAGGGACUCUUGUGACCAGGGGACAUGUCAGCAGUGGAGACCUGGUGUCAUUCGUCCUCUAUGAGCUGCAGUUUGCCUCGGCUGUCGAGGCUGUCAUGCAUUAUUACCCAGCGGUGAGGAAGGCAAUUGGCGCCUCUGAGAAGAUCUUUGAGUAUUUGGAUCGCAAACCUAAAGUACCCCCAGAGGGCACUUUGGCCCCAGAAAAUCUUGAGGGACGCAUUCAAUUCAAGAAAGUUACAUUUUCCUACUCUGGCAGUUCAGACGAAAAACUUGUGCUCAAGGGCUUGUCUUUGGAGAUAAAGCCAGGCCAAGUCACUGCCCUCGUGGGACUUAACAGAUCCGGGAAGUCCACCUGUGUCAAGCUGCUGGAGAGAUUUUACCAACCCCAAGAAGGAGAGAUUCUGCUGGAUGGGAAACCCUUGCAAAGUUACAAAGACCAGUACUUACAUGGCAAGAUUGCUGUGGUGAGCCAAGAUUGCGUGCUGUUUGCUCGCUCUGUGCGGGAGAACAUCAAGUACGGCUACGAGGACGCCUCUGAUGAGGAGAUGUACAGGGCUGCCAAGAUGGCGAGUGCCCACGAGUUCAUCAUGGAGCUGUCAAGUGGAUACGAGACAGAUGCCGGGGAGAAGGGAGGCCAGGUGUCCGGAGGCCAGAAGCAGCGCAUUGCCAUUGCCAGAGCUUUAAUCAGACGUCCCAAAAUCCUGAUUCUGGACAAUGCCACCAGUGACUUGGACACAGAGAAUGCAUAUCAGGUCCACCAAGCUCUGUUGAGCCAAACCAACGACUGCACCGUGCUGCUGAUUUCCAACAACAUGAGUGUCGUAGAAAAGGCCAAUAAUAUAAUCGUCCUCAACGACGGGACGGUAGAGGAGGAGGGCGGUCAUGAUGAGCUGUUGAAGAAGGGUGGUCUUUAUGCUGAACUGGUGAGGAAGCAGAAUAUGGGCUUUCACCGUGGAGAAGAGGAGAGGAAUGAUACACACUGAUGUGUGCAGGCGGGAGCAGAGAAGCUGUCCAGUGAAAGUAAGGUAGCUUGUUAAAAGUCCAGACAUGAUGGGUUAAAUCUCCAACAACUAUGAAUAACAACUUUAAAGACAACUGUUUAAAGAUGCACCGAUUUAUAUUAUACCGGUGGUAUCAGCUGAUAUUCGUCUGGAUUGUCAACGCCUAAAUAAGAUGACAUUCACCGAUUACAGUAGCCGAUGUGUUACUGUUGUGUUUCAUCAGUUUUGCGCAGGCUGAAACACAGGGUGUCCUGUCCUGGUGGCCUGAAAGGACAAAAUACAUUCACUAUCGAUCGGGUAUCAGUUUUUUUCCCCACAAUAAUGCCACAUUGUAAACAACUGCAUUGAGUAACAUUAUGAUUUCCUCAGCCUCUGUUUAGUGAUAAUGAGUAUUCGGUGUAGGUAAAUUAUAAUAUUAUCAUGAUUUGUUAAAAUGUUAUCUCAUAAAAAAAUUGUUUUUGGUAAGAAACUUGUAAGAAUACAGUUGUUUGAAGGAUAAAUUUGCAUUUUAAAAGAUUUAAGAGAGGGAAUUAUGAUGUGUUAUAUAUAGUAAAAAGGCUUUUGAAGCAGUUUUUGAAAAUGUUUUUUUUUUUUAUUUGAAAGAAGGCUAACAUUAAAGGUUUCAUACAUUUCUGUGAAUUAAGUUUAGCUUAUUUAAAAGCUAAGUUACAUAUAAAAAAUACAUAUCAAAAUAAAAUAAACAAACCCAUCAGUCAACAGACAGACUUGUUGAACAUCUGCAUCAGCUGAGAUGUCACAAGAGUUGCAGGGGUUUUUGCCCAUGAAGAAUAUUUCCUUUCUCCAUACACCUUAGAAAAAGGUGAAGUUGUACUUGAAAUGCUUUCUCUUGAGUUGCAGACUCUGUGGAAGUACUCUUCUACUAGCAGCUCCUAAAAUAGGCAUCUGAACCCCGUCUGCUCCGGAAAGCUUGGUCCUGCUUGGACUGAUCGAUAAAAUCCUCUUUCAUAUAACUAUUUAUUGAAAUAUCAGUGAAUAUGAUGAUAUAGUACCUUUUCUGGAAAAUGACCACAUUUGACAAAUAAAUGUAUUUCAUCACAUUGAUUUAAAUCAUCAUCUAAAACCAAACCCUGAUUAUUGAUUUGCAAAAUUAAACCUUAGAUACAGUAUGAAAGGGAUCGCUUCCAUUGUAUACAUUAUAUGGCAAUGAUAUGAAAAAUGUCGAUUUUCCCAUGGUAUUAAUUGUCAUGUAAUUGUCAUUAAUUAUCAUGUUGUCCAACUCUUUUUCCACUUGAAAAGCUUCCACAUGCCAAAGGGUACGAACAGGAAUCAUGAAGAGAGUUUCUGAUGAUAGAUUAUAGGUAUUUUGUAUUGCAAUACGUAAGAUUGAGGGUUUGUUAAUGUUUUGCUUGUAUAUAUUUUUCACACGUCUUUGGUUUUAUUUUUACGUGCUUUUCCUUGUAUUGAUAAUUCUUUAUUUGCGAACUUUUUUGAACUUUUAGCACUGUUUCUCAAACUUUUUUGACAAUAAAGUUGACUUUUGGUGUUAUAAUAGCAAAGCUGGGUGUUUUGGAUACCCUGUGAAAUUAGUACAAUUUAUUUAAAAAAGUGAUAUCUUAUUGCAAGUAGUUUUUCCCUUUUAUUGUAUUUUUUAUAUUUAAAGGUGUUUGUUUUGUUUUUUAUCCCUGUCUUGAAACAAUCUAUUUGGGGCUCUUUACAUGUGGUUGAUUUUGCUUGCACCUUAAAUAGGCACUUCACUAACUGUACACAUUAAAGUCUGUUUAUUUGUCAUGAGGAGUACCAACUACUCAGCCAAUAAAAACCAGCACAAAAUGUC